AUGGACCACUGUAACUAUCCGGAAGUCAAACGACCAUUCCUUGACACGAGAGCUUUAUCUUCCCCGCUUGGUCACGAAUCAGAGAGCGAAUCUAGCGAGGUUUCCGGCUCCGAAACGCCCUCUCCGUCAGCCAGACCUUCUGCCCGAUUCCCGUCGUUCACUCCUCCGCUCGAGGAGAAUGGGAGCUCUGAAACAUCCCCAAAUCUUGAGGCUGAGAGUAGUAAGGGGUGGUAUGAAUUUGACCUUUCGGUCAUACUCGCGCUAGUUUCGCCCAUCGGAAACUGGUUGACAGGAGGAGACCACGUCAAGAAUUUCCUUCUCGUUCUUCUCCUGAUAUUCUAUUUGCACCAAAUUAUCGAAGUACCGUGGAGCCUCUAUCAUCUCUCGAGACCCAGACGUCGUUCCCCGGAUGUACCACCCCAUCGAACGUCUGAGCAGGAUCCCUAUCAUCAAAUUGCUUCGUCAGAGCUACACAAGCUCGAAAUUUUCUACCUGUUUCUGACUAUUCUGUCGCCGUUGCUCGGAGUCGCAAUCCUUCGUGUCGUCAUCAUAUCUGUCGCCGGUCCAGAGACUAUAACAUGGUUCAGUACCUCCCUCUUCAUUCUCGCCACCGGUAUGCGGCCUUGGAAACACGCGGUAGAACGUCUCCGUCAACGCACAAAAGACUUGCAUACUGUCAUUCACUACCCCCCAGCCAGCUCACCAGAUACGCAGUCGCAAAUCGAAGCUCUGGCUGCGCGCGUCGCCGAAUUAGAGGCUCAGCUGAAAGAAUGCAAUGAAACCGUGAAGGCUCUCACAGAAGACGUUUUCGACCACGUGGAGGGAGCCGUUGAGGGGUUAGAUAAAUCUAUGCGGAAACAGGAGAAGAAGAAUGAUGCUUUCUACUCUGCGCAGGAAUUGAGACUCGCAACGUUGGAACAAAACAUGGAAGCGUUGCUGGAGAGGAAAGAAAUUUCAGGCCACGGUUCGACUCUAUCUUACAAUCUUACUUCCGCAUUCCAUGCAACCAUGGCUGAACCACUCGCACUCAUCUUUCCAGAGUGGGCACGUAGCUCUCGCCGAGACAAACACCCACCAUCUCCUCGCUCUUCCCCAAAAAUUGGUCGUUCCCGUACCGCCACUAAGCUUGAGACGAUACCAGAAGGCGCCACUUUUACACCCAAGAGAGUUCGAUAUCGCUUUCCCUCCCUCCGUAUUCCAGGUUUGAAAUUCGUCCUGCGCAUCGGCGAUUUGGCAACCUUACCCGUCCGACGGGUAGUGGCUUAUCUCCUCAUGGGCCGCGUCUAUGAGCCUAAUGCGCCUACUUCCUCGCUUUGA